GGAGCUUGAAAGGAACCCAGAGUGCAGGGCUGUGGCUGCUGUCUACACUUCAGGAGGCCACUUGCCGAUAGCUACUGUAUGUCUCUUGCCUGCCUCUCCUGCUCCAGGAACACCUCACUCUAGGAGGCCGAAGAUGCCAUAUUCCAGUCUGCAUCCAUCCAUUCCACGUCCCAGAGGUAACCGGUCCCAGAAGGCAGCCUUGGUCUUGCUGGUGACCAGCCUGGUGAUCCUUAGGGGGCUCGGUGACUCACCAGAUCACAUUCUCAAUUACCUGGUAGUCCAUCUGGCCUCCCUGCAGCUUGGACGACUGUUGAAAGAGGCCUGCUGUCUGACUGAAGAGCUGCAUCAUGUCCACUCCAGGUAUCAGAGCAACUACUGGAAGGCUGUGCGCGCUUGUCUGGGCUGCCCCAUCCGCCGUACGACCUUGCUGGUGCUGUCCUUCUAUUUCUACUACUAUUAUUUCCAAAAAGAUGCUGACCUGAGUCUCAGUUGGAUGCUCCUCUUGCUGGCCCUCUCACAGUCCAUCAACAUCCUUCUGGGCCUCCAGAGCCUCGCCCCAGCAGAAAUUUCUGCCAUCUGUGAAAAAGGAAACUUCAAUGUUGCCCAUGGGCUGGCCUGGUCAUACUACAUUGGGUACCUGCGGCUCAUCUUGCCAGGGCUCCAGGCCAGGAUCCGAAUGUUCAAUCAGCAAAACAACAACAUGCUACGGGGAGCAGGGAGCCGAAGGCUGUAUGUUCUCUUCCCAUUGGACUGUGGGGUGCCCGAUGACCUGAGUGUGGCUGACCCCAACAUUCGCUUCCGAGAUAAACUGCCCCAGCAAAGCAUGGACCGUGCUGGCAUCAAGAAUCGGGUUUAUUCCAACAGUGUCUAUGAGCUUCUAGAGAAUGGGCAGCCAGUAGGCGCCUGUAUCCUGGAGUACGCCACUCCCUUGCAGACCUUGUUUGCCAUGUCACAGGACGGGAAAGCUGGCUUUAGUCGGGAAGAUCGACUUGAGCAGGCCAAACUCUUCUGCCGGACACUUGAAGACAUCCUGGCUGAUGUCCCUGAAUCUAAAAACAACUGCCGCCUCAUUGUCUACAACGAGCCUCAGGAGGGAGAGAGUUUCUCCCUGUCUCAGGAGGUUCUCCGGCACAUUCGUCAGGAAGAGCGGGAGGAAGUGGCCAUGAAUGACCUCCAGACCUCAGUGGUGUCCCAUUCUCACUCCUCUGUGCUGUCCCAAGAGCCGAGACUCCUCAUCAGUGGCAUGGAGCAGCCGCUUCCACUCUGCACAGACCUCAUCUGAGGCAUGGGGCAGCCUUGUCUGAGCUGCUGGUGAUCGAUCCUUCAGCAUCCUGACUGGGGCUUCCCUCAGUGACUGAGGGGGUGACUCACAGAGAUCUCACAUCUCCCGACGAGUCCCACAUUCCUGGGUGAGCCAUUGUAUGUCUCUGAGCCUGAGCCUACUCCCCUAUGGAAUGGGAUCAUAGGGUUCUUGUGAGGACUAACCAUGUAGAAACUUGGUGUCAAUUGCCAGGUAAAACUAAGAUAGGUCAAGUAUUUGCCACCAUCGAUGCUCUAGCAUUCUCUGGUCCUUGUUGUCCUGUCUGGAUGGGACCAGCAGACCAGCUUCUGGUCAUGUGUGUUCAAUGGGAGCUUCAGCAGAUGAAUGGAGGGAGGGAGGGAGGCGCAUUAGGAACAUGCGUUCUGUUAGCUGUAUGUAGUCACAGUGGGCUGUCCUGCCAGGCCACCUUCUCAGUAAGCUUAUCUAUUCUCAAGGUUUUGGAGGAGCCUCUUCCCCUUGCCCCUAGCACUGGUAUUUGUGUGACACUGAAGAACUUACUCUCUGUGGUCUCUUUACAUCAUGUUCCUUGUAUGUGGUCCUCUUAAAGACACCGCUCAGAUUACACCAUCUUUCUGCAGCUAGGCUGUGACUGCUAUACGGACCUGGCAUGCAUCGUCCGUGUCUGGCUGCGUAUACAACACACUUCCUGCACUCUUCCUUAUCCUGCUACAGGGAAGCAGGAGAUAGUUGUCAUUUCAACCCAGAUGGAGCCCACCAGGCACAUGAGGGCACACCCUACCUUUGCUUUCAGUGUCCUUGCCUCCGGAGCCAGGGCUGAGUGGCGCUAGAACAUGGAUGCCACCGGUAGUACACAGCUGUGUCUCGGGGAAGGGACCAUUCGAAGAAGCGGAGGCCACUGACCAGACGUUCUCUAGUGAGAGUUGUGAGGGGAUCAGGGAGGAAGAAUAUGUUCCCUGGGGAACACUGGAGGACACGGCCGGUCACUGAGCCCACCUUUGGUGGCACUGCCACCCCACGUGGGAGGGCAGACAGUCCACCUACCCGUUCCACCUAGGCUUUACAUGCAGCCUCCCUCUACCUUCGUUUCCUUCACCCAGGCUCAGGGUGCCACUUUGUAUUUCUUUCUCUUUGUUUUAUGUGUAUGUGUUUUCUCCAAAACUGAGAAUCAGAGUUGGGGGCUUGUUUACAUAGGCAAACCCUCUACCACUGAGCUAUGCCCUCAGCCCUCAUAUGUUUCUGAAAUGUCACUUUGGAGAAGUCAUACACAUGCACACACGCACACACGUCAGAGGAAACCAGUCACUCUGAGGAUAGCAGAGCCAGGGGAAUCAACUAGGGGGGUAGUCCCUUCUCUUCCUGACCGUCACAGUCAUCUUGCCCCCAACACUGCAGAGCCUGUAUCAUAGCCAAUGUUCCUUCUCCAGAAACCAGCCCAGAAUCAAGGGCCUCCCCAGCUUGACUGUGUUCAAUUUACCAGUCCCCAGGAUGGUUCCUAGACUGUGGAUCUGGUAAAGCUCAAGUUCAAAUCCUGUUUGGCACCUGUGUGUUCACCGUGGUGGUUUUUUUUUUUUUUUUUAAGACAGAGUUUCUCUGUGUAGCCCAGGCUGGCCUUGAACUCACUGUAUAUGAUCAAUUAGUCUUGAAUUCAGAGAUGCAUCUGCCUCCUCCUCCUGAGUACUGGGAUUAAAGGCAUGCACCACCGCAACUAACCCCUCCCCCUUUUCUUAAUAAAC